AUGGGCUGGUGGCGCGGGCUGCUGCGCUCCGUGUGGAGCUCUCUGUCGAGGGAGGUGAGGGAGCACGUGGGCACCGACCAUCUGGGGAACAAAUACUACUACAUCGCCAAGUACAAGAACUGGAGAGGACAGAUUAUUCGAGAGAAAAGAAUUGUAGAAGCAGCAAACAGAAAAGAGCUAGACUAUGAAGCAGGAAACAUCCCAACAGAGUGGGAAGCAUGGAUUAGAAAAACAAGAAAGACCCCGCCUACUAUGGAGGAAAUACUAAAGAAUGAAAAAUACAGAGAAGAAGUUAAAAUAAAAAGCAGAGAUUUUUACGAGAAAGAUAAACUGAGUAAAGGAACCAGUGAGGAGCUCUUGCCAGCAUCUGCUGCCACACAAAUUAAAGGGCAUGCCUCUGCUCCACACUUUGGAAAGGAAGAACCCUCUGUGGCUCCCACCAGCACUGGGAAAACCUUCCAGCCGGGAUCCUGGAUGCCAGAAGAUGGCAGACGUCAGAAUCAAUGAGUGCACUAUGGUAAAGUCACUUCAUUUAUAUGGCCCUGGCUUUUUUUAACAAAUAAAACAUCGAUUAAAAGCGA